ACUGCACGGACAGCUUUCUCGGUAUCCAUCCAUCCUUCUUUUGAGCUAUAUAGGAUGCAGCAGGAAUGAUCCCGGUCCAGCGCGUUAAAGCUCAGCCUCAGCUGUGGCACGUGAGCGCCGAAGCUCCUCCGUGGCUCUGGAUGGUCCCGAACACCUCCGGACUGUGUAGGGUGGGUUCUGUUCCUCCCGUGCUCAUCUCCUCUCGCCCUCCUCCGGUGAUUCAGACGGUCUCGGGAUGGCAGAUGUCCUGCGAUCCGUUUGUGCCUGUGAUGCGCGCUGCCGCCGCGGAACCCGCGACCAUCAGUCAGUUCAGUCUGCCCAGUGUUCAGUGGGAGAUCCCGUCCAGGCCUCAUGUGUUGGGUUUCCAACCUUCUGCAAGUGUGGAUCUACUUCCAGUGUUUCCUCAUGUAUACCGGACGGUCCUGCCUCCACAUUACGGCAAGCGCUGGGUGGAAAAACGUGUGCCUGACUACAAGGCCACAGUCACACUUCCUUACCGCAGGGAGAAGGAAGUUCUCGACGUCUGCAAACACAUCCACACAGUUUCAUCCCUCAGGGCCAACUCCACCAAACUCCACCUUCUGAAGGUUCACAUCUCUGUUCGGCGGAGAUAUAAGGAGCUGGUAGAGCUUGCUGUAAGCAACACCAAGGUCAUGGGUUUGAUUCCCAGUUGUCCCGUGGCCAUUAAGCGAGUAGGAAGUUCUAAACGGUUCGCUCUGGCAGCAGCAGCCAUGAUGGCGAUGGAUUCUGACGUGGCACAGGGACCAUCUGUCUCUUCUGCUCAGCCUCUCCACCUGCUCUCGCUCUCACCCAUCAAGAUUCCCUUUCUGACGGCACCUCACGCAGGAACACGGAGCAGCUGGGAAGGCUUGCUGGGACCCAUCUUGCCCUCUCGGAUCACCGCAGUAACAUCACUCACUGCUCCUGGAGUGACCCUACUUACUGGAAACUGGAAAAAGCAAAAAGCAACAAAUAAGAUUUUGGAAUUGAAGAAGCCAUCCUGCACAGACGCCUUAGUGCUCCACCGUGAUCCAAACCCAGAGGCUAAAGCUGAGGAUGGGCCUUUUAUAGUCAGUAUGGACGAGGACAGCUCGCUCCAAGACAAGCGGCCAGUUGCAUCUACGCCUAUACCUGGAUCACCAUGGUGUGUAGUGUGGACAGGCGAUGACAGGGGGUUUUUCUUCAAUCCCACCAUGCAUCUGUCAGUAUGGGAGAAACCAGUGGAUCUGAAAGACCGCGGAGACCUCAAUCGAAUCAUCGAGGACCCGCCACAUAAACGCAAGAAAGACUCUUUAGACGAUGGCUCUAAUGUUGAUGCUGAUGGUGACGAUGAAGAGGAACAUAGUUCAAAGACCAAGCGCUACAAACUGGACCAUCCUGUUGAGUGUGAAGAAAAAAACGGAUCAUCUCUUCGGAUGGUUUUACCGCUGGAGCUCCGGAUCGGCCACUUCAGAGACAUGCUUCUGGAAAGAGGGGUGUCUGCGUUCUCCACCUGGGAGAAAGAACUGCACAAAAUUGUAUUUGAUCCACGGUACCUGCUGCUAAGUCCGGAGGAACGAAAGCAGAUUUAUGAUCAGUUUGUCAAAGCAAGAAUGAACGAGGAGCACAAAGAGAAAAAGUGCAAACUCCAGCAAGCGAAAGAAGAGUACAGAAAACUGCUAGAGGAAUCAAAAAUCACAUCCAGGUCGACGUUCAAAGAAUUUUCAGAAAAGUACGGAAAAGAUCCGCGAUUCAAGGAGGUUCUGAAGAGGAAAGACCAGGAGUUAUUUUUCACCCAGUUCAUCAGCACGUUAAAGAAGCGGGACAAGGAGAACAGAAUUCGUCUGAGGAAGAUGAGAUGAGUGUUUGCGGACAGGGCCGCGAACUAUUCACAGUACUGUCAACUGAUUUCCUGUGACUGUUUAUCACAGUGUAUACCGUGAUACCAUCUGCCCAUAUGUCUGACCAAACCACAAGGGCAGUUUGCUUUUCAAUGACUGACUUGCGAACAAACCGAACAAAGGCAGAACCAGCUGAGUCUAAGCAGCAGUUUGGGAAUGAACUCUGUAUAUCUGAAUCUGUUUCAUACUGAAGCUCUUAAUCUCCGGUUUGAGUAUCACGAGGUUCCUAAAUCGCAACGCUGAAAACAAAUACAGAGUUUGACUCGCUGGAAGUAUCUAAAGCCAUUGACCUGUGCACACAGGCGGAAAAUGAUUUUUAUAUUAAUUGUACAUAAGUGUUGACUUACCUGGCACUGUGCUAAAAGUGACCGUAGAAGUGAAACCUUUUUGUUAGACUGUGACAUAUUCUCCACA